AUGGCCCAGGCGGCGAAAUCUCUUUAUUCCAGUGUUAGUACGGUAAUUAAAGGAGAGAGAUCUACCAUCAAUGGCAGCAGCAUACGAGGAGAUCCUUUAAUCGAAGAUCAAUUCAGAAACAUCCGCGACUGGAUCCCACUAGCCGCAAAAGAUCUCGCAGAGAAUAGCACGUCUGGCGAUGCUACUCCUGUGAUCAGAACUGAUGAACAAAGUGCGACAAAUGCUACUGCUCCUCACUCCAGCAACACGGAUUUUCUCGGCAGGGCUAUCGAUAUAGUCAAGAAAGCCAUCAAACACGACCACGAUGGCGAUUACGAGAAAGCAUAUCAGCUCUACUACAGCUCCCUAGAGCUCUUCAUGCUAUCUUUGAGAUGGGAAAAGAACACCCGGUCAAAGGAAAUGAUCCGCUCAAAAUUAGGCGAAUACAUGAAUCGAGCGGAGAAAUUGAAGAAUCAUCUGAAAUCACAAGGAUUUACUUCGUCAAGGUCAUCCAGUGCCAAAAGCAGUUCUGCAGCCAGCAGUGCAACAACGAGGAGUACCACUACACUUAUAGUGACCCGUCUUCCCUCUAAUCCGGGAACUCCUCAUAUGUUCCCGCGAGAUAUAAGCAGCAGGUCAUUUGUGAGUUACGUUGCAGAUGCGGAGGACAUUACAGGCGCUGAAAAUGUCCACAUUGUUACCUCGAAUGACACUAUAUGCCGAAAUAUUUCGAAAGCCCUGGAUAUUCUCUGUAUCCCUCCUCGCGCGAACUUAUUUCUUUCCGCAGUGGUCUCCCACCGUAACGUCGAGGACGUGAAUGAAGAACGGCUAUAUGCCGUCGUGGAACCGGGUGUCUCAUACGCUGCUCUGGCACGCGAGAUUACGAAGCGUGGACUUGAUGACCGAUCUUGGAUUGACUGGCCUAGUUUGUCGAAUGAGCUGAUCGUGGAUUAG